GAACCCAGAAGAACGUAACAAGCUUAUGAUAAAAAGGUGCCUCUGUGGCAGUCUGGCUCGGGGCUCCGAGAGGUGAAGUGGGCUCUUCUGUCCCCAGAAGCCCUCAUGCGGAGGGCUCAGCGCUGCUCCCAGCACUUUGCAGUGGAGAUACUGGUGCAAGAUGUUGGUUCUGCUACGCGAUGUUGGUUCUGUUACCCAGUAAAGGAGCUGGAGUGGACCUGGGCGCUCGUCUCUGGGCAAGGCAAGAGGGCGGCUGGCCAUGGCAGAGCUAAGGUGGCUUGAAGGAUGAGCAGAAUCGCAACUCCGCAUGUGUUACUUAUGCUGCUCUUCUGCUUGCUUUCCAGAUUGUCACUCAAGCAUGGGGCACGCCCCCUCCAGGAGGCUAUUUAAAGAGGAGCUGGUGUGCAACUUUCUCCAAAGAGAGAGGAGAAACUGCGAAGGAGAAGGAGUGAGUCAGUCGGCAGCCUGAAUCCCCUCCCUUCCCUUUACUCAGGAUGUCUGGCAAUGUGGGGCCAGUGACCCGGACCUUCUUCCUCUUCCUCCUCCUCACACCUGGCUGGGUAGAACCGCAGGCCUGCACGUACCCAUGCCAGUGUCCCUCCCAGCCUCUGCAGUGCCCCGCUGGCACCAGCCACGUGUUGGAUGCCUGUGGUUGCUGCAAGGUGUGUGCCAGGCAGCUCGGCGAGCUCUGUUCCCUGCAGAAACCCUGCGAUCAUCACAAGGGACUCUACUGCGACUUCUCCAAAAUCCACAGAGGCAGCGGGAUCUGCUUAGCUCACGAGGGUGCGACGUGUGACCUGCUGGGCAAGAUCUACCACAACGGGGAGAGCUUCCAGCCCACCUGCAAGCUGCAGUGCAUCUGCAUGGAUGGGGCCAUCGGCUGCAUCCCCCUCUGCUCCGACGACCUGCGGCUGCCGUCCCCCGAGUGCCCCAAUCCCCGGCGGGUGAAGUUUCGCAAUAAGUGCUGCGAAGAGUGGAUCUGCGAGGAGGGCAGUGAGGAAAACCGCUUCGAAACAGCCAUGGCGGUUUUCAGGGAGGAUCCGGCACACAAGCCGGAGCUGAAUAACCUGCAGGAGAACUGCUUGGUGCAGACCACCGAGUGGAGCGCUUGCUCCAAGAGCUGCGGCAUGGGCAUCUCCGCCCGAGUAACCAACGACAACCCCCAGUGCCGCCUGGAGAAGGAGACCCGGCUCUGCAUGGUCCGGCCCUGCGACUUCCCCAUGGAGAAAACCAAGAAGGGGAAGAAGUGUGUGCGGACCCCAAAACCACGCCAGAGCCUCCGCUUUGAGUUUUCCGGCUGCACCAGCACCCGCUCCUACCGGCCCAAGUUCUGCGGCAGCUGCACGGACGGUCGCUGCUGCACCCCGUACGUCACCAGCACCGUGGAGGUGGAGUUCCGCUGCCCCGAGGGGGACUUCUUCCAGCGGAAGAUGAUGUUCAUCAAGAUGUGCUCCUGCCACUACGACUGCCCCCGAGACAACGACAUCUUCCUGGCCACCUACCACAGGAGGAUGAUUGGAGACCACGUCAAGACAGAGACGCAGUAGCCCUCUCCGUGCCAGAUCCGUAGGCCAAGGCAUCAAGAGGGCUCUGCAGUGCUUUCAGGGCUGCGUCCCAGGACAACGCAGCCUCUUCCCCCUCUGUGAGGGGCUCUGCUCUUCAGAACAGCACCAUCGCCACCAGUGCUCCCGGUGGCCUUGCUAACAAGCCGAUGCGCAGGGGGGAACGGCCCCGUCUGCCCCAGGCUCCUGACCUUCACCCGCAGUGCUGCAAGGCUCAGUGAAGGAACCAGAAACAGGCUUGAGCUGCAAAACUUGAUCCAUGUUCCCUCUGACCAGAUGGGAGAGUGGAUCAAAGCCGCGUGGCUCCAGCCUGUCUCCAGCUGAGAGCACAGCGGGUACGAUUCCCCGUGGCCAAAACCACGCGGCAAACCCAGAGCACGAGACGGGAAGCCCAGGAGGCCUGAGCUAAAGCCGAGCUCUGCCCCCAGAGCGGGGCUCUGCUGCGCGUUGAUGCAAAGCUCGGUGAGCAAAAUGGUCCUGGCCCUGUGCUGGGCUCCUGCUGAGCUUCUCAAUUAUUUUUGGUUAAUUGGAUCCAACAAGUUGGCAAAAGCUCUGCCCCAACCUUGUGCCCACCUUUCACCCUGCCGCGUGCUUUCCCGUCAGCAGCUUUGUUCCAGAUCAGUUCGCUCCUAGAGUGGCCGGAUCAUUUCCUGGGUGACCCGUUCUCCGCGCAGCUCAAGGCUGGGCUGUCUUUUUUUUUUUUUUCCUCCACGUUAAAUUCCUUUUAGCCUUGUGUGCAGAUGAGGAAACAGCGAGUUGGUAGUGUCACUGCAGGAGCUGGAGUGUGGCUCGGGGCCUCCUGCAGAAGAUCUGGGCGCAGGAAGGAGUUUCUCCAUAGACGAGAGGAUUCGGCCAGGCUGUAGCUUUGCUCCGGCAGCGCUGUGUUCCCUGGGGCCCGUUUCAGCCCCGAGCAGCUCUUCAAGCGUGAAACGGGGGUGAGCCAGGCCGCAAGUCUGAAACACGUCCCCCGCGGGGGCUGCUCCUGGCAGUUUUUAGUGCCGCGAUGAGCGUGUCCUGCUGCGCCUUUCCGUAAUCCCUUCAGAAGUGGCUCCGGGGUGGGAGAGGGGCUGGACUCGGCCGGCUCACGCUUCCACAGUGGGGCUGCAGCGACGUUUGGCUCCGGAGACUUUGCCGGUGGGUCACAAGUUGGAGGAACGCUGUUCAGCUCCGUCCUCCCCGGCGAGUUUAAGGCCCUGGCAAGAAAAAUGCCCAUAUUUGUAAACGGAGCGGAGCUCUCCUGCAGUUCCCGAGGCAGCGGCACAGAAAGCCACGCGGUGCUGGGGUCUCCAGCGGUGGGGUUCCCGUCUUGCUGCAGGCCUGCGCAGAGUCUCUCCGCUGUUAACACGAGCUGACCGCCGGCCCCAGGAGCGACGCAGCCCCGGGGUAUCUCUGAAGCCUUAUCCGUUGGGUUUAGUCUCUGCUGACGUUAGCAGAAACAUCCAGGUAAAGGCCCAGUCUCGUUCCUUCAGUCCUCCCAGCCUUCAGCCUUUCCCGCUCACUGGAAAUGGUGACGAAUCCCUGUCCCAGCCGGGCUGGAGCAGGGGCCGCACUGCAGCUCCGAGGCAUUACCCCGCCACAGCUCCCACCCCGAAGCGGAACGUGAUGCCGGAGGAUAAUCCCAGCCCGCAAUAAACGCUGCCGCGCAGCCCGUGACUCCGCUGAAACGUCAGCUCGGGGCCCGCGGCUCGGCUCUUUUCCUGCUCUCAGCCUGCGGAAGCUCGCGAGCCUUCACCCUCCUGUUACCUGUAAUCAAUUGGAACUGUAAAUAAUUUAUCUGAUGUUGUUUCUUUUUUUUUUUUAAGGCCUUUGUACAGUUUUUGUAUCCUUUAGCACAACCUUGCUCGGGGCCUUUCCUCCCCUCGCCCUCCAGGUCUGCUCUGAACUUUUCUCCUGCCGUUUACACGGCUUCUGAGUGUAAAACUACGCUGAGGUCGCACUUUACUCAACGCUAAUAAAUAUCUCUUUAUUUUUUA